UGUUGUGAUGGGAGGCCGCAGCCAUCUUGGAUCUGCGCCGCUCCACACCGAGCAGCAACAGAGGACGGACGACGUUAACGGCUUGCUAACGUUAGCUGCUCGGUCAGAUUAACCGCAAUUUGUGUCGCUGUGUGGUGCGAAUAUGCUUCACGGUCGUUAUUUUUCGUCGUCAGCCGUCGCGUUGAGUACAUAAAAUGGGUGGAAAGUGCGUUAAGCGUUUAACGUUAUAAAUCCGGAGAGGGCGGCGGCGGUUGCAGAUCCUCCGUAUAUUUUUUAAAGAUUUCUGAAUAGAGGAGUUACUAUGAAUGGAGGAUAAAUGUUGCCAAAGGCUGACAGCAGCAGUUUCGUCCUCUUCUCUCUUCUCUUCGUCCUCACGUUAACGGACCCACCACGGACAGGUCCACGGCUAGCUCUGGCAAGAUUAUUGUCAGAGCAGCGCUGCAGCCCCGGGCAGUUUGCCUGCCGCAGUGGGAAGAUGCAGUGUAUCCCAAUGUCCUGGCAGUGUGACGGCUGGACAGCAUGCGAGGACAAGAGCGACGAGAUGGACUGUCCCCCCAUCAAGGAGGAGAGGUUUCGUUUCGGCAACGGAUAUGACCAGGUGGAAGACGUCAUUGGUGUGGCUCAGCCUGUGCGCUUCAACAAGAAAUGUCCCAGCGGAUGGCACCACUACGAGAAGACGGCCAGCUGCUACAAAGUGUACCUGAGGAACGAGAACUACUGGCAGGCUGUGGAUACGUGUCAGAAAGUCAACGGCUCACUGGCUACUUUUGUUACCAACGAGGAGCUGCAGUUCAUCCUGAAGAUUGAGGUGGACUUUGACGACAAAGUCUGUGAGCGCAGAGAUCAGUGCAAGUUUUGGGUGGGCUACCAGUAUGUGAUCACCAAUCGGAACCACUCCCUGGAGGGCCGCUGGGAGGUAGCAUACAAAGGGUCAAUGCAGGUGUUUCUGCCACCUGAGGGUCUGACCAAUUUUGGAGAAGCGUCUCCCACUCAGGAUAACGUCUUCUGUGCCCAGCUGCAGCGUUUUCAGAUCAAAAGCAUGAAUGAACGAGGUCUGCACAGCUGGCACGCUGAGAACUGCUACAAGAAGUUCCCCUUUCUCUGCAAGAGGAGACAGACUUGUGUGGAUAUAAAAGACAAUGUUGUAAACGAGGGCUACUACUUCACCCCUAAGGGGGACGACCCGUGUCUGAGCUGCACGUGUCAUGACGGCGAGCCUGAGAUGUGCGUGGCCGCGCUGUGUGAGCGUCCGCAGGGCUGCCAGCACUUCCGCAAAGAUCCUAAAGAGUGCUGCAAGUUUACCUGCCUGGACCCAGAUGGAAACAGUCUGUUUGACUCGAUGGCCAGUGGGAUGAGACUAAUCGUCAGCUGCAUCUCGUCCUUCCUCAUCCUCUCCCUGCUGCUCUUCAUGGUGCACAGACUCCGUCAGCGGAGACGUGAACGCAUCGAAACCCUGAUUGGAGGAAACUUGCACCACUUUAACCUUGGGAGACGAGUCCCAGGCUUUGACUACGGCCCAGAUGCCUUUGGCACUGGCCUCACUCCCCUGCAUCUGUCUGAUGACGGCGAGGGAGGCGCUUUCCAUUUCCAAGAGCCUCCUCCGCCAUACGCGGCCUACAAAUACCCCGACAUCCAGCACCCUGAUGACCCCCCUCCUCCGUACGAAGCCUCCAUCAACCCAGACAGCCUCCUCUACAUGGACCUGGGACACAGCGGGGUUUCCAUGGUGCCAAGCCAGAUGAACGCCAUGGGAGACGUGCUGCAGGCCGAUAUUCCCAACGCCCCCGGUCCCAUGCCAGACUCGGCGCCGGCCUCUCAGGAGAGGGAGGACUCCAUAGAUAGCAGCACCCUCCUGGUGGGGCCAGACACCCCGACAGAUGGCCACGCCCCCGCAGACUGCGCCUCCUCCCUCAGCACCGUAGUAUAGGACUGUGGCUGGACGGCGGGGAGCUGCAUCCGGACAUUACCUGCUGGUUGAGGAAGGUCGUGAGUGCAUUGUGCACCGGUAGAGGACGCAGCAGAGCAUUUAUCAAAACGCUGACUGCAGGGAGGAGAGUUGAAGCCUGUACAGACAUAUCAGAAGCAGCCUGUUUCUUUGAGGUGUGAGGAAUCGCCUCUUUCUGAAGACUCUUCUGCAGUCUGCCUUUUGAGUGUUUUUUUUUUUUUUUUUUUUUUUUUUUUAAAUACACUGGCAUCCGAGGGAGGAGAGAGGACUGUUACUGUACAGAGAAAAAAAAAACUACAUUGAGGCUGAGAAGGCUGCACUAGCAUCCACUGAGCAAAGCUUUUGAAACAUCUCAGAGUUGGCCUGACUGGUCGAGAAGCCCUGAUGUAAAUACCCCCUCAGGUCUGUGCUGGUCAAAUUUGUUAUACCUGUGUGUCACAGUCCAGCACAAGGCAUUGUGUGACAGACAGACAGACGGACAGUGAAGCCAGCUGUUGUUGCUUGUACGUUUUUGUUUGCAUCAUGCUGUCAUUCAAACAGGUGUCUCUCUAUUGAUCUGUCGAUCUCCAGGCUACAACAACGUUCUCAUCAGCCCCGUCUGACGCGGCAUGUCCCAGAUCUGGAUUUCUACUCGCUCAUAAAAAUCUACUGUCCCCUCACUUUCUUAUUAGUCUGAUACAUGAAGCUGUCUUCCAGGUUUAUAGCGCAUAUUUGCAGCAGAAGUUUUGUAAUUAAGAGGUUUAACCUCGCAAGAGGGUACGGUUAGUUUCUUGCUAUAGGGUUUUUAUUAGGUAAUGCUGACACAAGGCAUCAUGCAUCGAGGAAUGUUGUGGUACUGAUAAAUAUCUGAGUUUGGUAUUGUGUUCUUUUCGAUGCUAAUUUAUGACUGCAGGCUGUAAUCUUGAUAGUUUUAUUGUGGGAUAGAUGCAGUGUGAACUCCCCACUGAUCAGCGAGUGAAAGCAGUGAAGCCUUUCAGAUGCAUGUGUGAAGAUCAGGGAUGAUGUCCCCUCCUUGAAUUUGAGGAAGUCAAUUUAUUUAAAAGAACUGCUCCAAUCAUGAAGUCGUUUCAUCAUGCAGACACUCCCAUUGUUUUUACUUUAUCAUCAACUGUACGCAGGAUAGUUGUGUAUUUGCUAACUUAACCAGGAUUAGUGACUCAGAUCUUAAUGUUUUGCAUGGUAAUCUCUCAAUUUAAAUCAGUUUAUUUUUUUGUUUGUUUUUGGAGAGAAAUUGUCACAUUUGGUGGCAUCAUGCCGCCCCUCCAUUCCUGAUGUGUUUCAUAUGCGCGAUUCUACAUCUGUUGUCUCGGUUAUCAACAUCGUUUUCAGCUGCUGAUGAAGAUGAUGCCGCUGACUGUAGCUGUGAGGCUUUUUUUUCUGCUUUUGGUGUUGAUGAGUUUGUUACUGUUCUCUGUUUUCUCAGUGGGAUCGCAGUAAAAAAAAAAUUGUAAUAAAAGAAAAGUGUGAACUUGUUUAGACCCCUGUUAUGACGACAAUCGCUUGAUUCUCUCAAGGAUGAAUUUUUACAAAGAUUGAAGACGGAUCAGAGUCGACCCACAGCCACCAGCAUUCAAACCCCUUUCAAUCUGCCUAGAGAAAACCAGCUGUAAAUGUGUGUCUGAAUGACUGUGCGCGUCUGUGUAGCUCAUGUUUGAAUGUACUGUAUGUAUAAAACUUUUUUUUUUGUGCUGAAGCUUAUUUUCCCCGUUUUGUUAAGUUUUUGGCAUUGACAAUCCACAGUGGGCUAUCCACCAAGCAAAAUCUCACUUAUUGUGGAAAAAAGUAACUUGUGCAUGUGUGUGAAAAGGAGAUGAUGAUUUGGUUUGGAUUUUUUAUUUUUUCCCAUCAAAUUUGUUUUUUUCAGUUUGCUUUUUGGGACGUGCGGUGCAUGUUUUGUUUUUAAUCUUUUGGCAUGCUGAGAGAUUUUUCUUUUGAUGGAAACAUCCAGUCUGCCCUGUACAGUAGGUUCAAAGUCUCCUGCGUAUAGUUUAAUGCAUCAGAAAACCUGCUCAUGACCCGCUACAGCUGCAUUUACACUGUAGUUACUGUGCUAGACUAUGGUGGUGUGAGAACUGAUUUUACUGGAUUUGAAAUCUUUUAUGUAUAAUACAACAAAUGCUUCAUUUCAUUGUCUUAUUUCAUAGCCUUUACAUUUAAAAAAUGCUUCAUUUGCAGGAGGGGAGGGAGGGGCUUGUGUUUUUUCUGAGGUAGAUGUACAUCUAAUCAAAUGCCAAAUAAACUGCACCAUGAAGGACGA